AUGAUUCUUGAAUCGUUAACAGGAGGAAAGGUUGAAGGGGAUAAUAGGCAAGUAAUAGUUCAAAAAAUUCAAGAUGAACUCAAGGAGAAAAGAUAUUUGCUUGUCCUUGAUGAUUUGUGGAAUAAUAAUCAAGAUGGAUUGUUGGAUGACUUUUUCAACACUUUGGCGGGACUCAAUGCGAAGAAAGGGAGCUGGUGUCUUGUUACUUCUCGGCUGCAAGAAGUGGAAACUAUUCUGUCUAGACAUCCGCAGAUCAAUUUUACUCGCCAUGAGCUGGGAAGGCUAUGCGAUGAUGUUUGCUGGUCUAUCGUGAAAAAUUGGGCAAAUGUAGGGGAAGAAGUACCAAGAGGAUUGGAAGACAUAAGGGAGCAAGUUUUAGGAAGAUGUGACGGUCUACCUCUAGCAGCAAAGUUAAUCGGAGGUUCUUGGAUUAGAACUUUGCCAGAAUCUCUUUGCAAACUUUAUAGCUUGCAAACACUAAGAAUUGACAGGCUUGAAGAUGGUUUUCCAAAGGAGAUGAGCAGUUUGAUUAGCAUGAGACAUCUUCACUGUGAUGAUUAUUAUACAAGACGCGAAAUCCAAAUGCCAUCCGGGAUUAGACGAUGGACUUGUCUUCAAACGCUGGAGUUCUUUAACACCGGUCGUCAAGAGGAAGGUCGUGGUAUCCAAGAGCUUGGAACCUUGGAAGAUCUUAAAGGCUCCUUGGAGAUCAGAAAUCUUGAAUUAGUAAAUGGCAAAGAUGAUGCUGAACUGGCGAACCUAUCUAAAAAGCCAAAUCUGCAUCGGUUGGUAUUUGAGUGGGGCAAUAGGAUCGAGAAAGUGAUAAUUGUGAUGAAGAUGUGUUGGAAGGCCUCCAACCUCACCCAAAUUUAA